CCCAAGUUGAUGUGAUCCUAGCAUCUUUACCUGAUUCUUUUAAUCAGUUUAUCAUGAACUAUAACAUGAAUAAGAUGGUAGUGACAUUGUCAGAGCUGCUCAAUAUGUUGAAAGCAGCUGAGGAUCUCAUCAAGAAAGAAAAGCCUACUGUAAUGUUGGCUGAAAAAUCUGAUUCUUCUUUUAAGUUUAAGCCUAAGGGUAAGAACUUUAAGAGAAAAGGGUCUCAGUCAUUCAAUAAGGCUCAAGGUGACAAAGUGAAUAAGGACACUGAGAAAAAGAAAGCAAAAGGAAAUUGUUUCCAUUGUGGUAAGCCUGGUCAUUGGAAGAGAAACUGUCGCCAUUAUUUGGCUUCUCUGAAGAAUGACAAACCUGCAGAAGGGGUUCAAGGAGACCCGAAGGCUAAAUGAAGGGGAGGUGAUCCUAAAGAUGGGGACUGGUGCAACUGUUGCAGCCACUGCCAUUGGAACCUUUUAUUUAGAAUUAUCUUCUAGUAGAACUCUUGUUUUAGAAGAUUGCUUAUAUGUGCCAGAAGUGCGAAGAAAUUUAGUUUCAGUUUCAAAACUUGGUUGUUCAGGAUAUUCAUUUCUUUUUACUUCUAAACUUGUUGUUAAGUUUAAUAAUAAAUUUGUAACUUCUGGCAUUUUACAAGAUGGUCUUUAUUUUUUGAGUUCUAUUGAUAAUUCUAUUAAUUGUGUUGAGAAUGAUAUUGCUACCAGUGUGUUAUCUCUUAAAAGAAAAAGAGAUGUUAAUCCUACCUAUUUGUGGCACUUAAGGCUUGGUCAUAUCAAUAUUGACCGAAUCAAUAGAUUGGUAAGGGAUGGGCCAUUGAAUCUUUUGAAGGUAGAGCCUUAUCCAAUUUGUGAGCCUUGCUUACAAGGGAAAAUGACCAAAAGUCCCUUUACAGGAAAGGGAGCUAGAGCCACUGAUGUAUUAGGAUUAAU